GAGCUAGAGGGCUCCACGCGAGGAGGCCGGACCCUCCCUCUGCCGGCUCCCCUGGCCGUGCCUCCCGUCCACUCCCGGGGUGACCGAGGCUUCACGGACCCUGGUCGCAUCGGCCGCAAAAACUAGGUGGCCAGCAAACGCCCGGCUCCGCUGCACGGUCCCGCGUGGGCGGAAACGGCUCCGCCCCUUCACCCCAAGGGGCGGGUUUUCCGCCCCGGCAGCGGCGCAAUGCGGAAGAGCUGGACCUGCUGGAGCGGAAGUGACGCUUCGGGCGGCUGUAGCGGCGGCGGCUGCGGGAGAAGGAGAAGGAGGAGCCGGAGGAAGAGGGCUGCCUCUGAAGAAAGGAGAAUGGCGUUCAGCAAAGGAUUUCGAAUCUACCACAAAUUGGAUCCCCCACCGUUCAGCCUCAUAGUGGAAACUAGGCAUAAGGAAGAAUGUCUCAUGUUCGAGUCUGGGGCCGUGGCAGUGCUCUCAUCUGCAGAAAAGGAGGCCAUUAAAGGCACAUAUGCCAAAGUGCUGGAUGCAUAUGGACUUUUGGGAGUUUUACGAUUAAAUCUUGGUGAUACCAUGUUGCAUUAUCUGGUCCUAGUCACUGGAUGCAUGUCUGUUGGGAAAAUUCAAGAAUCUGAAGUCUUCCGAGUUACUUCCACUGAGUUUAUAUCACUUCGAGUUGAUGCUUCAGAUGAGGACCGCAUUUCAGAAGUACGAAAGGUUUUGAACUCAGGAAACUUUUAUUUUGCAUGGUCUGCAUCUGGAGUCAGCUUAGAUCUGAGUCUGAACGCACAUCGAAGCAUGCAGGAGCACACAACUGACAAUAGGUUUUUCUGGAAUCAGUCUUUGCAUCUGCAUCUCAAGCACUAUGGUGUGAAUUGUGAUGACUGGUUGUUACGGCUCAUGUGUGGAGGAGUAGAGAUUAGAACAAUUUAUGCUGCCCAUAAACAGGCAAAAGCUUGCCUCAUUUCAAGACUAAGCUGUGAGCGAGCUGGGACAAGGUUCAACGUCCGGGGAACAAAUGAUGACGGUCAUGUUGCCAACUUUGUAGAGACAGAGCAGGUUAUAUACUUAGAUGACUGUGUCUCCUCCUUCAUACAAAUCCGAGGAUCUGUUCCGUUGUUCUGGGAGCAACCAGGGUUGCAAGUGGGAUCUCAUCGUGUUCGAAUGUCAAGGGGAUUUGAAGCCAAUGCGCCUGCCUUUGACAGGCAUUUCCGAACCCUUAAGGACUUAUAUGGUAAACAAAUAGUAGUAAAUCUGCUUGGAUCUAAGGAGGGUGAGCAUAUGCUGAGCAAGGCCUUCCAGAGUCACUUGAAAGCCUCUGAACACGCUUCUGAUAUCCACAUGGUGUCCUUUGAUUAUCAUCAAAUGGUUAAAGGAGGAAAGGCAGAAAAAUUGCACAGUGUUCUCAAACCACAAGUCCAGAAGUUUCUAGAUUAUGGAUUUUUUUAUUUCGAUGGCAGUGCAGUUCAAAGGUGCCAGAGUGGUACAGUUCGGACAAACUGCCUGGACUGUCUGGAUAGAACAAACAGUGUGCAGGCGUUCCUUGGCUUAGAGAUGCUAGCUAAACAGCUGGAAGCUCUGGGCUUGGCUGAAAAGCCUCAGUUGGUGACUCGCUUUCAAGAAGUUUUCCGGUCCAUGUGGUCUGUGAAUGGCGAUUCAAUCAGUAAAAUAUAUGCAGGCACCGGAGCCCUGGAAGGGAAGGCCAAGUUAAAAGAUGGUGCGCGAUCUGUCACCAGAACCAUUCAGAAUAACUUCUUCGACAGCUCCAAGCAAGAAGCCAUUGAUGUUCUGCUUCUGGGAAACACUCUGAACAGCGACUUAGCCGACAAAGCCCGGGCACUUCUAACUACUGGGAGUUUGCGUGUGUCUGAACAGACAUUACAGUCAGCAUCUUCCAAAGUCUUAAAGAACAUGUGUGAGAACUUCUACAAGUACUCAAAGCCCAAGAAGAUCCGAGUGUGUGUUGGAACCUGGAAUGUGAACGGCGGGAAACAGUUCCGCAGCAUAGCAUUCAAGAACCAGACCCUCACCGACUGGCUUCUUGAUGCACCCAAGUUAGCUGGCAUCCAGGAGUUUCAAGAUAAGAGAAGUAAGCCAACUGAUAUAUUUGCAAUUGGCUUUGAAGAAAUGGUGGAGCUGAAUGCUGGGAACAUUGUGAAUGCAAGCACAACAAACCAGAAGCUGUGGGCAGUGGAACUGCAGAAGACCAUCUCCAGAGACAACAAGUAUGUUCUCCUGGCCUCGGAGCAGUUGGUGGGUGUCUGCCUGUUUGUCUUUAUCAGACCGCAGCAUGCUCCCUUUAUCAGGGAUGUUGCAGUCGAUACUGUGAAAACUGGGAUGGGAGGCGCGACUGGAAAUAAGGGCGCUGUUGCAAUCCGGAUGCUCUUCCACACCACCAGCCUUUGCUUUGUCUGCAGUCACUUUGCUGCAGGCCAGUCCCAAGUCAAAGAGAGAAAUGAAGAUUUCGUAGAAAUAGCACGAAAAUUGAGUUUCCCCAUGGGAAGAAUGCUCUUCUCCCAUGAUUACGUAUUCUGGUGUGGUGAUUUCAACUAUCGAAUCGAUCUUCCUAAUGAAGAAGUUAAAGAGCUCAUAAGACAGCAAAAUUGGGAUUCUCUUAUAGCUGGAGAUCAACUCAUCAAUCAGAAAAAUGCAGGACAGAUCUUUAGAGGAUUUUUAGAGGGAAAAGUAACGUUUGCUCCAACCUAUAAAUAUGACUUGUUUUCCGAAGACUAUGACACCAGUGAAAAGUGCCGCACCCCUGCUUGGACAGACCGAGUCCUCUGGAGAAGGAGGAAGUGGCCUUUUGACAGAUCAGCUGAAGACUUAGAUCUUCUGAAUGCUAGUUUCCAAGAUGAAAGUAAAAUCCUGUAUACAUGGACUCCUGGCACCUUGCUGCACUAUGGAAGAGCCGAGCUGAAGACUUCUGACCACAGGCCCGUUGUCGCCCUGAUCGAUAUAGAUAUAUUUGAAGUUGAAGCUGAAGAGAGACAAAAAAUUUAUAAAGAAGUUAUUGCAGUCCAGGGCCCACCGGACGGCACAGUACUGGUCUCAAUCAAAAGUUCUGCACAAGAGAAUACUUUCUUUGACGAUGCUUUGAUCGAUGAGCUUCUGCAGCAGUUUGCACACUUCGGCGAAGUUAUACUUAUAAGAUUCGUAGAAGAUAAAAUGUGGGUUACAUUUUUGGAGGGGAGCUCUGCCUUGAAUGUUCUGAGCCUAAAUGGUAAAGAGUUAUUAAAUCGGACUAUAACAAUUACUUUAAAAAGUCCAGACUGGAUCAAAACUUUGGAAGAAGAGAUGAGUUUAGAGAAAAUCAGUGUCACAUUGCCCUCAUCAACCAGUUCCACCCUGCUCGGUGAAGAUGCAGAGGUCUCAGCGGACUUUGACAUGGAAGGUGAUGUCGACGACUACAGUGCUGAGGUGGAGGAGCUUCUUCCUCAGCACCUCCAGCCAUCCUCCAGCUCUGGCCUCGGCACCUCUCCAAGCUCUUCGCCCCGGACCAGUCCCUGCCAGUCACCCACAGCACCAGAGUACUCCGCACCUUCUCUUCCCAUCAGACCUAGUCGAGCACCAUCAAGAACUCCAGGACCUCUAAGUUCACAGGGUGCUCCAGUUGACACCCAGCCAGCAGCCCAGAAGGAGUCUUCCCAGACCAUAGAGCCCAAGAGGCCACCCCCUCCCCGCCCAGUUGCUCCUCCAGCACGUCCUGCCCCACCACAGAGGCCACCUCCACCUUCAGGGGCUAGGAGUCCGGCACCUGCUAGAAAAGAAUUUGGAGCACCCAAAAGCCCGGGAACAGCACGGAAAGAUAAUAUAGGGCGUAAUCAGCCUUCCCCUCAAGCCGGACUUGCAGGCCCAGGACCUUCUGGAUAUGGUGCAGCUAGACCGACAAUUCCAGCUCGUGCUGGAGUGAUCAGUGCCCCUCAGAGCCAGGCUCGGGUGUCUGCUGGAAGGCUGACUCCUGAAAGCCAAAGCAAACCCUUGGAGACAUCGAAAGGUCCUGCUGUCCUUCCAGAACCACUGAAGCCUCAGGCUGCAUUUCCUCCGCAGCCUUCUCUGCCCACACCUGCUCAAAAGUUACAGGACCCACUUGUCCCCAUAGCAGCACCUAUGCCUCCCUCCAUUCCCCAAUCGAAUUUGGAAACUCCACCCCUGCCCCCACCUCGGAGCAGGUCAUCUCAAAGCUUGCCUUCAGACUCCUCACCACAGCUACAACAGGAGCAACCAACAGGGUAACAGCAGGUAAAAAUAAAUGGAGCUUGUGGUGUCAAACAAGAGCCAACAUUGAAGAGUGACCCAUUUGAAGACCUCUCACUUAGUGUGCUUGCUGUAUCCAAGGCUCAGCCUUCUGCUCAGAUUUCACCUGUUCUAACCCCAGACCCAAAGAUGUUGAUUCAGUUGCCUUCUGCAUCGCAAAGUAAAGUUAACUCUUUGAGUUCUGUAAGUUGCAUGCUAACCAUGCCUCCAGUUCCAGAGCAAAGCAAGUCACAGGAAAGUGUGGGGAGUUCUGCAAACCCAUUUCCCAGCCUGCCUACCAGGAACCCUUUUACAGACAGGACUGCUGCCCCUGGAAACCCAUUUAGAGUUCAGUCUCAAGAAUCAGAGGCAACUUCUUGGCUAUCCAAAGAAGAGCCUGUUUCUAACAGUCCUUUCCCUCCUCUCAUGCCUCUCAGUCACGACAUGAGCAAGCCUUCAAGUUCACUAGAUGGUUUUGAGGACAAUUUUGAUCUGCAGAGCCAGUCUACAGUAAAAACAAGCAACCCCAAAGGAUGGGUAACAUUUGACGAAGAUGAAGACUUUCCUACAAAAGGAAAGUCAAGGUCGGUUUAUCCAGACUCCCUGGGUAAUACAGCAGCUUCAUUUGAUGAUGACUGGAGUAAAGGUACAAACGUUUCUUUCUGUGUGCUGCCAGCCAGAAGGCCACCACCUCCACCACCUCCUGUCCCUCUGCUACCACCUGGCACCACCUCAUCUGCAGGACCUAGCACAACCCUGUCAUCUAAGGCAUCUCCCACAUUGGACUUCACAGAAAGAUAAUGACAUGGAGGGAAGGGAGUUUCUCCUGGUGUGGUGUGACUGUUUGUUUCUGUUUGUCAGGGUAGACCCAAGAGAAUGGGGCAUUAAUUAGUUGUUAUGUGCAAUAAAUAAUCAGUAAGUGCACUGAUAUCUAUAUAAAAUACCACUAGAGGAUGUGGACAAAGCUGGAGUUUGUGUAUAUCAGAAAUAGCAAAGACAUCCUCUUAACUGGAGUUCUGGCCUUUCUCUUCAGAUGAAUGGAAGAGAAUAGGAACCAUUUUUAAAAGUGCUUAAAACUACUCUAGAAUAGUCCUUACUCAGAUACUCACAUAGCAAUCACGUAAAGCCCACACAACUGCAGCUGACAGUACUGCCAGCCCAUUGUGCUGUUGACGAUUGGUAUUCGUGGAUACUUACCAAAGAGCUUCCAGAGUUCUGGUGAGAUUGCUUUGAACGGCAUUACUUUAGCCAAAAGGUCUGUGUAUAUAUACACUGUGUGUGUAUGUCUGUAUGUAUGCACAAACACACAUGUGUACAUCCACAUACUUAUAAAAUCUGUCUUGAUAUAAUUCAGAUCAAAUUUUACCUAACAGUUCUGACAAUGUCCUUUUUUUCAAUAUCUCACUAUCAAGAAGCUGGCUGCCACUGGGUGUGCUUCAUUACGUCACUAACUGCCUCCCAGAAUGGAAGGGUCAGUCCCUUUACAGAGCUGCCAUCUCCUGUUACGCUGCACCUCAGACCUUCACAUUCAUCCUACUACCUUCCUCCUCUGGUAUGCCUUUCCCUGGGCAUUUACAAUGGGCAGUACAGACGUGGUCAGUCAUGUGACAGAUACUCAAAACAGUAGGCACCUGCCACCAGAUUCCAGGAGGAACACUAUCAGUGUGCUCCUUUCUCUGCACAGCCCUUUCCCUUCAGACCUUUCUGUUUGCCAAUUGCCUGGAGCUUUGCUCUCAGCUGUUGAGUGGUCCGAAUUAGGAACAUGUCCAGUAUAGGUUCUCUCCCAUGUAAGAGGCUACAUAACAUAUCCAUGAUGCUGCUUUAAGGUUUUAGAGGCUAUACCUCAAAUUAGCUGUGGAUUUUGUCUCCUGCACUGCCAGUAUGCAACUGAUCUUGCAUUUAUUAAUUUUGUGAAAAAAUACAUGGAAUUUUUACAAAAAAAAAAAAACAAAAAACAAAAAACAAAAACACCCAAAACCAUAGUAUUUUGAUAUCAUUAGGUAAGCCAGUCAGAAAAUUCCCUAAGCUAUUGUUUUGUUGGUUGUCAGUUGAAGUUAAAAUCAUCCUUACCCAUUAAGACUUAAUGUUCUCUUUAUAUAAAAAGAGUUCCAUGCUUACACCCAAGUUCCUAGUCUACAUGAACCUUUAAAGAUGUGUAUUGUGAGAUUAGAAAGAAUUUAUGGCUGCCCUCACCUCUGUAAAAGCACAGCAGACUGCAUUGCACUUCUAUCAUAGAGCAGAUCUGUUAGGACAGAGCACCUUUGCAAAUGCUCAGUGUUAUCAAACCCUGUAUUUAUAGAAGUAACUCUCUGCUACAGCCGUAACUUGCUGUUAGCAAUAACUCUUGUGAGUUUUAUAUUGUGCUUGUUGGGGUUCUAAACAUUUCAGCAGUAGUAGCUUUUAAACUGCAGUAUUACUAGAGCAGUGUACUUCAAAAUGUGAAUUAAUUUGUGGAGAUUGUGGCUGUAACAUCUGUGUGAGUAGUGUGUAUGGUAUCCACUCCCCAUUAGCAUAAUCCAUUUUAGGAAACUGAAGCAGAGUGUGGAUUGCAGCCCCGAGCAGUGACUCCCUCGGGUAUAAACCACUGUAAUGUCUGCAGAGCAAUAGCUCUUCCUUAUCAGGAAGUCUGGUAGCUGCUGAAACGCACAAAGGAAGUUAAAGUUUGCUACAAAGAACUCAACAUUGUGUGUAUUUACCAGCUCUGGUCAAAGCAGAAAACAGACACUAAGAAUCUUUGUGAGUCUCUGUUCUCUCUAGUAGAUUGCUGUUUAUAUGUAUGUAAGAGGUUUAUUGCUUAUGUGGCAUACAGUAUUUAUAACUAUAUACUUUAUAGAAGUACAGUAUUAAAGUCGCUGGUAUACAUUCUGUACAUAUCCUGUGAAAUGUGCUGUCAUAUGAAAUAAAUAUGUCUUUACCACUA